AUGACGAAGUUUGAGGCUAUGAGCCACAUGUUGAUCAAAAAAAUUUCAAAUCAAGUUUCAGAGGUCCAGCAUUUAGAAAUAUUUUCAGUAGAGCGACCUUUGUCAAUCCAUUUGUUUGCCUAUCUUGAAUACAUUCAAGAUGAACUUGACUGCUGCGAUACAGUUUUUGCCUUACUCCCCCCCUCCGUGAGCGAACAAAACCAUUAGAAAAUCGCUAUUUUUUGCCCAAAAACCCACCCUCCGUGAGUGAACAAAAAUUUUUUAUGGAAAAAAAUUUUGAUAUAUAAAUGAUAAUUAGUAUAAUGAAAUCUAGAGCUAAUUCUGUUUAAUUUUAAACGAAUUGCAUUUUAAAACAUAAAUUUUAUUUGCUUUCCAAUUUAUACGAAUUAGGAUUUUUUUAAAUUUCGAAAAAACAAUAUAAAUUGUUUUAAAAAACAAAAAAUUAACCCCCCUCCGUAAGUGAACAAAAUUUUUUUUGUUCACGGACGGGGGGGAGUUAGCAUACCUGUAUAUUGAAAAGCUACUUACUCCCCCCUCCGUGAGCAAACAAAAUCAUUAAAAAAUCCUUAUUUUUUGCCCAAACACCUAGUGAGUGAACAAAAUUUUUUAUGGAAAAAACUUGGAUAUAUAAGUUAUAAUUAGUAUAAUGAAAUCUCUAGCUAAUUCUGUUUAAUUUUAAACAAAUCACGUUUUAAAACAUAAAUUUUACAAAUUAAUAUUUGCUUUUUAAUUUUUUCAAAUUAGGAUCCUUUUAAAUUUCGAAAAAAAAAUUAAGAGCAACAAGAUUUUUUUAUUCGCUCACGGAAGGGGGAGUUAAAAACUUCCCCAGGUUCGUGAUAAACGCUUCCAACUUAUUUAGGCUUACUUUUACAGCCCUAAUAAUUGCCUUAAAGUUUACUGAAGAUAAUAAGUUUCCUUAUGAAGACCUUGCUAAACUUGGCCACAUAAACGCCAAAGAGCUGUCAGUAUUAGAAGAAGUUUUAUUAUCAUCACUGAAUUACGAACUUUGGGACGAAGAAAUAGUAAAAAAGUCCCAAGACCUAUUAAAUGUAUGAAACAAUUUCAACAUAUGCAGUGAUACUGAAUAUGAAGAAGAAUCAGAAGAUGUAGGAAGCGAAAGUACAAAUUUUACUGAAAGUUUUGACGAUUUAAGUAACUUGUCAGAACUAAGUGCCUUUUUUACAGACAUUUAA